GACGUGAUGCACAAUAUGUAAACAAUAGCCGAAUGUAACCAAACCAGUCCACCUAAGCACGUUUCCUCGCAAUCAGCAAGAAUUGUUUGCCUUUCGGUCUGUGGUUAGAUUAGUCUCAGCCAUAUUGUGCAAGUGUUUGUCAAUGCGAAUUGCAUCAGUAUUGGAAAUAAAAACCGGAAAUAAAAACCGAUAACCAGACCAGCAUAGUGAAGGUUGGGUUGAUAACAUUUCCCUGUGGAUAUUUUGUAUCAGAUUACCUCCGACAGAGGGAUAAAAUCGUCAGGUCAACAGGUCAGACGUACUGUAUAUAGAUCCUAUCAACGAUGGUGGUCCCUGGCUCUCAACACAUAGAGGACAAGAUGUACCAUCCUCCGGAGGGUCUGCAGAAGGAUGCUCAUGUGCCUGACUUCAACUGUUAUCUGGAACUUUACAAGAAGUCUAUUGAGGAGCCGGACGUAUUCUGGAAAGAGGUUGCUAGUGAUUUCUAUUGGAAGAAGCCUCCUACGGGUCACAUUCUGCAGUAUAACUUCGAUGUGACUAAAGGGAAUAUCUAUGUGAAAUGCAUGGAGGGAGCCAAAACAAACAUGUGUUACAACGUCCUGGACAGGAACGUGAAUGACAAGAACCUUGGUGAACGAGUGGCAUUCUACUGGGAGGGGAACUCACCUGAUCAUCACGAGGCCAUCACCUAUGGUCAGCUGCUGGGACAGGUGUGCAGGUGUUCCAACCUGCUGAAGCAGAUGGGAGUGAGGAAGGGAGACAGGGUGGCCAUCUACCUCCCUAUGAUUCCGGAGCUGGUGUACACCAUGCUGGCCUGCGCCAGGAUAGGAGCUGUCCACUCCAUCGUGUUUGCAGGCUUCUCCGCCGAGUCUCUAUGUGAGAGGAUCAUGGAUUCCCAGUGUAGUAUCCUGGUGACUGCAGAUGGCGUGUACAGAGGGGAGAAGUUGAUCAACCUGAAACAGAUAGCAGACGAGGCUCUGGAGAAAUGCAGGGAGAAAGCAUCCGCCACUGUUACAAAAUGUUUAGUAGUAAAACAUCAUGCACUGAGGACACAAAAUGGAGACAUUUCCAACAAAUUGCAGACCCCGUGGGAUGCUGCGUGUGAUGUGUGUUGGGACGAGGUGAUGGGACAGGUCUCAGAGCAGUGUGAACCUGAGUGGCUGGAUGCAGAGGAUCCUCUCUUUAUACUGUAUACCAGCGGAUCUACUGGAAAACCUAAGGGUGUUCUCCACACGGUAGCAGGCUACCUGCUCUACACCUCUCUGACCUUUAAGUAUGUGUUUGACCACCAGCCAGACGAUGUGUACUGGUGUACCGCUGAUAUAGGAUGGAUCACCGGACACUCCUACAUCACCUAUGGACCCCUGGCCAAUGGGGCUACCAGCAUACUGUUUGAGGGUAUUCCAGUCCACCCUCACGUGGGGCGUUUCUGGGAGGUGAUUGAGAAGUACAGAGUGACCAAGUUCUACACAGCUCCCACAGCCAUACGCCUUCUGAUGAAGUACGGAUUAGAUCCAGUACAGAAGUACGACCUGUCAUCGCUGAGGAUUCUGGGUACUGUAGGUGAGCCCAUCAACCCGGAGGCGUGGCAUUGGUACCACGAGGUGAUUGGUCAGAAGAGAUGCCCUGUGGUGGACACCUUCUGGCAGACGGAGACGGGUGGCCAUGUUUUAACUCCUUUACCUGCCGCUACACCUCUGAAACCUGGAUCAGCUACGUUUCCUUUCUUUGGCGUGGAGCCCACCAUACUGAACGAGCAUGGAGAGGAACUGGAGGGAGAGGCAGAGGGCUAUCUGGUGUUCCGUCGGCCCUGGCCUGGUAUCAUGCGUACCGUGUACGGAAACCAGGAGCGUUUUGAGAACACAUACUUCAAGAAAUUCCCAGGAUUCUAUGUGACCGGGGAUGGCUGCAGGAGGGAUAAAGAUGGAUACUACUGGAUCGCAGGCAGGAUAGAUGACAUGAUUAACGUUUCAGGUCACCUGUUGAGCACAGCGGAGGUAGAGUCAUCUCUAACAGACCAUGGAGCGGUGGCCGAGGCUGCAGUGGUCAGCAGACCCCACACGGUCAAGGGGGAGUGUCUCUACUGUUUCGUUACUCUGAAGGACUGCAGAGAGUUCAACCGCACUCUGGUGGACGAACUCAAGAGACAAGUGAGAGAGAAGAUUGGUCCGAUCGCCACACCAGACUUCAUCCAGAACGCUCCUGGACUUCCUAAAACACGAUCUGGUAAGAUCAUGAGGCGGGUCCUGAGGCAGAUCGCCCGGAACGAGAAGGAUCUCGGUGACCUUUCAACCCUGGCUGACCCCAAGGUCGUAGAGGUCCUGUUCAGCCAGCGCUGUGAAACGGCCGCAUGAGGGGCUGCAUGUCAACACUCUACAGUAGCUUCCUCUCCUCGACGCCUCGUCUCCUCUCCUCGUCUCCUCAUUUCCUCUCCAUCAUCUACACUGAUCUGAAAACUAUGGAAGCCCAUUCCUGCCACCAACUCUUAAAAAAAAAAUAGUAGAACAUACAGGAUAUAUUUCUUAAUUUGUAGAAGUAUGUGUACAUUUAUUUCCAUCUAUCCACGUUGCAGAGAUCAGCACAGCAGGGUCGCCGGCUAAAUGUGUGACGAGUUGGCAUUUGCCUCAACAAUUUUUUCAAUUCGGUUUCAUAAAAAUAUUGACACAAAAAAGCAUUGAAAAUUACUGUUGUUUAGACUGAUUUGCCUUAGGAUUUGUUAACUCGUGCUUCAGUCUGAUCAACUGUAGCCUACUGAUACCAGCUACAGGUGACCUAGAGAAACCUAUGCACUCUGUUCUCCUCUGGCCAGGGGAAACGAAGAGGUAAUGUUGUGUAUUUUAUAGCCAAAGCUAUGUAUUUAUAGCCUAAAAUAGGCCUAUUUUAUUUGUGUUAAGAGAAAAUGUGAUCAAAAUUUUGAUUUUUAUAUUCAGACUUCGGGUGGCUAGUCGACCCAGACCUUAUCAAUCCAAAAUGGUUGACUGAAAUUAGUCAACGAAGACACAAUAGUGAUGAUAUUCUGUGUGAGUCACUUUAUAAUUACAGAUGUAACCGUGGAUACAGUCAGCCCUGUUCGUUCUAUUGUCCAAUCACAGUUGAUGAUUAGUAUUGUUUUUUUAAUAUAUUUGUUUUAAACCAUAUGACCUGAUUUUUGAAAAAAUAAAUAAUAAUCUGGUCCCAUCAUAGCCCAUAUGCAACCGUUUUACAGCUGAUUCUAUUACUAUGUCAUACCCUACGACUUAGGGUCUGGAGUUUCACCUGGUUGGGUUAGUCUACCAGAUCAGGAAAAAAUCUCUGGGCCCCUAGGAAAACUCUCCUGUGGUGCCACCUCCUGAAAUCACCUCCACAGAGAGACAGAUGGAAGAAGCAUGUCCUACAAAAUACUAUCUCAACAUUUUUUUUUUAAGUAUCUCAUCAUCAUAAAAAUAAAUGUGGUUGUCGAGAAUGGGCUUUUGACAGAAAACACCGGUUAUAAAAUAUACAACAGGAAACAUGGCAGAUGAGGUAUUUUCUUUCUCUCACUUAUUCAGCGUCGUUCUAGGAAGAUUGAGACGAGGUGAGGAGGCUAUGUUAGACAUACCCAGAGAGUCCCCCUUCUAGUCCCUUUCUGAUGGUGCAGAUUAAUUCAGAGUCCCUAAGCGCUGAUCCUGAAUCAGUCUUAAGUUGUUUUGUGUGCACUGUUUUGGGGAUGGGAUUAGUGGUUUGAGGACAGAUCCUAGAUCAGAUCUUAUGGGAACGACUGACUUCGAUGACGGUCUAUGUAAGGGAAUACAGUCAAUUAACCAUUGAAUUCAGUUUGUUUGUACCCUUUUCUAAACCGGUCAAAAAGGACAUGAAACAAUCCCUAUUCUAAAUGAUUAUUUAUGCCACAGUGGUGUCAUUUGCAUGUAAUAAUGGGUGGGCCAUGUAAUAAUGGGUGGGCCAUGUAAUAAUGGGUGGGCCAUGUAAUUAAUGGGUGGGCCAUGUAAUAAUGGGUGGGCCAAUGUUGAGGUAAACUGGACAUGGAAUCAGAAUCUUUCCCUUGUUGCCUGGUCAGCAACCGAACCUCUAACAUUCUCUCCGUGUUCUGAUUGAUCCGCUUCUGUCUUCCAUCUUGCUUUUUACAGCUAAUUUCGCCUUUUAAAGCUAUGAUAACUAUUCCCAGGGAGACCAGUCAGCUUUGCACAGUUCUUCCACAAACAUGACUUGCAUUUGUUUGGAUGUCUAUGUAUAUUAUAACUUUGAGAUUUUAUGAUUUGAGAAUAAAACUGUUUAAUUUA